CCGAUAAUAUAAUAUAUUAUUAAGUGAGAGAGAGAGAGAGCUUUGGCCUUCCCACGCGGGUUUGUCUCUGCAAUUGUAUCCGUCAGUUUCUCUCGCCAGAAAUCGAAAAUGGGGAUUCCGGAGAGUAACCCGCUUUCCCAGCUGAGCCUGCCGCCGGGCUUCCGAUUUUAUCCGACCGAUGAAGAGCUUAUGGUUCAGUAUCUCUGCCGCAAAGUUGCAGGGCAUCACUUCCCUCUUCAAAUCAUUGGAGAGAUUGAUUUGUACAAAUUCGACCCGUGGGUUUUACCCAGUAAGGCCAUGUUUGGAGAGAAGGAAUGGUAUUUCUUCAGUCCAAGAGAUCGCAAGUACCCAAAUGGGUCGCGCCCGAACAGAGUUGCCGGGACUGGGUACUGGAAGGCCACCGGAACCGAUAAGAUCAUAACCACGGAAGGGCGAAAGGUCGGAAUCAAGAAAGCUCUGGUUUUUUACGUGGGGAAAGCGCCGAAAGGAACAAAGACCAACUGGAUCAUGCAUGAAUAUCGACUAUCCGAAUCCUCCGGAAAAAAAGGAAGCGCAAAGUUGGACGAUUGGGUUCUGUGUCGGAUCUACAAGAAGAAUUCAUCAUCGAGCGGCCAGAAACCCAUUUCUGGGGUUGCAAGCAACGAGAACAGCCACGGUUCGUCGUCCUCGUGCUCGUCCCAAUUCGACGAGAUGUUAGAGUCUUUGCCGGAGAUCGAUGACCGGAUCUUCACCUUGCCGCGAAUGAACUCCCUGAAAUCGCUGCAAAAUGGCGAGAAGCUCAACAUUCAGAGCUUAACUUCCGGGAAUUUCGACUGGGCAAGCAUCGCUGGGGCAACCUUGCCGCCGGAGAUAAUUCCGGGGGAUCAGGUGAAGCCUCAGAUGCAGACGCAGGGUGUGUAUAAUGACAUUGGCAUGUUUGCUCCGUCGAUAAUUCCAGCCAAAGGUGGAAUUAAUAGCGGACUCGGAACCCCGCGGAUCAAGAAGUAUGGGUACCAUCGGCAGAACUCGAACGGGUUGUCUCGGGGUUUCGGUAACUGGAUUGACCCGUUCGGUAUCCGGUACCCGACUCGGCCGGGAGGAGGAUAUGUUUUUCGACGUCAGUAAAUAGAAAAUUUGAAAAACAUAGAAUUGAAAGGAUGGAAAAGUAGUUGGAGAAGCUAUACAUGUAAAUAGAUAGAUAUGGAUAUGAUGAUAGGUUAACAUUUUCAUUUUGGUUGGGACUUCCCGGGAAAGGAAACAAAUAUUGUGGCUGUGGGAGAGGCAGCCGAAGAGGAAGGGGAUGGGGGAAUUUAACCCAUCAUUAUUGAGGUUGGGGGUACCUAGAGAGAGCAACCCAUUUGAUUUCACUAAUUGGAGGAGCCGGGUCUGGUACUUGGCGGACUGACUGUAAUUGACCCGGUGGCUGUCAUUUGGAGCCGGCUGAGGGCUGAACUCUCUCGCGCGCUCUCUCAAAUAUUUUGUAUUAUUUAUUACAAUCUGCAGACGAAGACAUGAGUGGCCAUGCCUCAAUUUUUA